UUAGAGGUUUGAGAUUAGGCUUGGGUUUAUUGGAGCUGAUAUCAGUUGCUGUCAUGGGUGGGUCUGUACCUGGUUUGGAACAAAACUUUGUUUCUAUAAAUUCUAUUACCAGUGCUGGUGUUGAUGAGGAAGCUUCAUGGAUGAAAUGUAUCCUACAGGGUACCCCUCGCUUCUCUGCAUUUUCAAUGGGUGGGGACUUYGUUGUUGGAGGUGCUCUCCUCCUCCAUGGCACACAGGAUGCAGUGAUUUAUAACUACACCAACAAGCCUGAGCCUCCAAGGUGCACAGGAAGGUUUGAUGCCCGGGGUCUGCGUUUGUGUCGUGCAAUGAUCUUUGCCAUUGAGGAAAUUAACAACAGCACAGAGCUGCUGCCAGGGAUCAAACUUGGAUAUCWGAUCUAUGACUCAUGUGUUUCAGCAUCAGUGUCUGCACAUGUGGCGUUCCAAAUAACAAAUGGUCAAGACCCUGUGUUUUACAGAGACAGUAAUUGUUCCCAGGCCGGUGUUGUGAUGGCUGUUGUUGGAGAUGUUGCAUCCACUCCAUCCAUCAGCAUGURGCGCAUCAUUGGGUCCUUUAACAUCCCUCUGGUAAGCCAUUAUGCAACCUGUGCCUGUCUGUCAGAUAAGCAGCAGUACCCAACAUUUUUCAGAACAAUUCCCAGUGAUCAMUUCCAAGRUGAVGCWRUGGRKAAGCUGGUGAAACACUUUGGRUGGACUUGGAUUGGUYCUGURWAUUCUGACUCAGAUUAUGGKAAUWAUGGCAUGGCAUCUUUUCUUGAAGCAGCACAAAGAGAGGGGAUCUGUGUGGAGUACUCUGAAUCCUUCUUUCGAACUGACCCAUAUACCAAGAUCAGGAGAGUAGCUGAUGUUAUCCGCAGGUCGACCGCAAUGGUUGUUGUGGCUUUUACAGCUUCUGGAGAUAUGAGUGUCCUGUUACAGGAGCUGGCUCGUGAUCCUCCACCAUCUCGUCAGUGGAUAGGAAGUGAGGCCUGGGUAACUGACCCAAAUCAUUUGAGAUUCAGUUUCUGUACAGGAACCAUUGGAGUUGCUGUCCAGCAAUCUGUCAUCCCAGGGCUCAGAGACUUUCUGCUGGAUCUCUCUCUCACUGAAGUAGCAGCCUCUUCAGUGCUUACUGAGUUCUGGGAGGAUGCAUUCAACUGCAACUUAAGAAAAAAUGGUGAUCCAAAAAAGAAAGUCUGUGAUGGYACUGAAGAUAUAAAAARGCUAAAAAGCCCGUACACUGAAACAUCUCAGCUGAGAAUCACUAACAUGGUGUACAAGGCUGUUUAUGCAAUUGCUCAUGCCAUUCACAAUGCAGCGUGUGAGAAAACUAAUGAAACUAUUAGGUGUGACAAARACAUUGGACUGGACUCAAAACAGAUUUUAACCGAGCUAAAAAAAGUCAGCUUCUCCAGAAAUGGUUAUCCUGUGUCAUUUGAUGCUAAUGGGGAUCCUGUGGCUUAUUAUGAGCUGGUCAACUGGCAGAAGAGUGAGAGUGGAGUUAUUGAGUUUGUAACAGUAGGAUAUUAUGACGCAUCUCUGCCUAAAGGCCAGGAGUUUCAGGUCAACAGGAACAUAACUUGGGUGGAGGGUGGAACACAAGUACCAGUGUCAGUGUGCUCUGAGAGUUGUCCUCCAGGAACUCGUAAAGUGUUGCAGAAAGGAAAACCCAUCUGCUGCUAUGAUUGUAUACCAUGUCCUGAAGGAGAGAUCAGUAACAUGACAGAUUCUUCUGAUUGCUUCACAUGUCCCAGUGAAUUCUGGCCUAAUACAGAAAAAGAUGCUUGUUUCCCCAAACCUGUUGAGUUUCUGUCAUAUGAUGAAGUCCUGGCAAUCAUCCUGGCUAUAUUAUCUGUUACUGGAGCCUGUCUGGCCAUCAUAACAGCAGCCAUUUUCUUACGUCACAGAACAACUCCAAUUGUCAGAGCCAACAACUCUGAGCUGAGCUUCCUGCUCAUUUAA